GAGAGCGCCCGCACAGCCCUCUGCCCCACGCGUGCAAAAAAGCGGUCUGCACUUGUAUUUUGUUUAUAAUGAGUCAGGCAACCGGCUAGCCAUGGUGCUAUUGAAGAUCUGCUUAGUUUUCUGUUUCCUUCACAGCCAACAGUUGAGAACAGCUGCCGUAUCAGAAGGACACGUUCGACUUGUCAGCGGACAUCCUUCAUCUUUAUAUGUUGGCAGGGUGGAAAUCUAUCACAAUGGUCAGUGGGGAACAGUGUGCGAUGACGGUUGGGAUUUGACCGAUGCGGAUGUGGUGUGUAAGCAACUGGGUUACACUGGCGCUCAUAGUUACACAGUUGGGGCAUUUUACGGACAAGGCAACGGGAAAAUAUGGAUGGACAACGUUCGGUGCAGAUGGUGCAAUUCACGUCUUAGAUUCUGCAGAUUCUCAGACCAUUCAUCUCGUUAUCCCAUUACUGAAGGAAUGACGUCAUCUACUCCAACAGCAGCCAACACGGUCACUUACCCUUGUUAUCCAACAGACGAUUCAGAAACUCCUAUCACCAGGAGGUUGUGGUUGUGGCAUACUCCAACUUCCCCGGCACGUCGUUCUACUGGCUGGUGGUGGCAGACAACAACUGCACCGCCUAGAAAAGAAGGCAAAUCAGCGACUUCAAGAGCUGUAAUUACAGGCUCUGCAAUAUCAGCUGUAUAUGUAUUUUUAUUGGUUAUUAUUAUAAUCGUCGCUGUCCGGGCAAGAGGCAGACCAGUUGCUACAACUACGACGACAGCAAGAGGUCAACUGUCCGCUGGACGACCUGCGCAUGCUCAGUCCGUGAUUGUUCCGUUUGCGUCUCAGAAUGUUGAGUAUCCCGGAGUUCACUUCAGUUCUAAUGAAUCGGGAGCUUGGACUUCGUACGAAGCAGCGAUUGCCUAUCCAGCCGCUACUAAAGCAGUGAACUUCGAUGGAAAGUCGUGUGACGGCUCAGCGUGCGACGCAUCCAACGACAACGACUGUGGCAGUGGCUGUGACUGUGACUGUGACGCAGACUAACCCUGUUGUCUCGUAACGGUGUAAAGUGUGCAGUUGGAGUCUAGCACAAAUACUAAUGAACUAUUGACUUUUCAAAAGCCAUAAGUUCUAGAUGAGUUUGUACGGUAGUUGACUAUAGGAAUUCGUAUUGCUGUUGUGCGGGAUCUAGUAGAAAUAGAUUUUUUGGUAUUUCA